CUUCCGGAAGAAGAAACAGCUGUUGGUUUUGAGGGCUCGGCUGGGACAUUGCUGUGUUAACCCAAAUUUGACUUUACACGAGAACCGUGGCCGGUGUGGAGUUCCUCCAGGAUGCGGGAGCGUUAAGGCUGCAGCAAGGGAAGGGGCUCAGGAGACCGGGGACCUGUCCUGGUCUGGGGUGCAUUGUCAGCGAGGAAGAAGAUCACAGCGGCCAGUGGGAGACUGAUCCUACUGGAACACUGGAACGGAGCGCAGGAUAGACCAGGACCAGCGCCCCUCGGAAUCACCAGGCUGAGUCCUCAGACUCCAGUGAGCCCUAGCGCAGCAGGAGGAAGCAGGAGAACCACGGAAUCACAGAUAGGACUUCCUGGAACUCGGGGAACAGUGCAUGCCUUUAACCACUAAGCCAUCUCUUUGGCUCCAGGAGCUUCUCUCUAAGCUGUGCGGAGGAUCACUCACUCAGAGACUUAGCCAACGCUGGGCAAACACUCCACCACUGAGCUACAACACCAGGUAUGGAUAAAUUGGGACAGAUCAUCAAGUUAGGCCAGCUCAUCUAUGACCAGUGUGAAAAGAUGAAAUACUGCAAAAGACAGUGCCGGCGUCUAAGAAACCGUGUGCAUGGCCUGCUACAGCCUCUCCAGAGGCUCCAGGCCCAAGAAAAGAAGAGCCUCCCCAGUGACAUUACUGCUGCCCUGGGCCGUUUUGAGGACGUCCUAAAUGAAGCUAGACAGCAGAUAGAAAAGUUCAGUCAGAAGUCCAAUAUUUGGAAGUUUGCAACUGUGGGCAGUGAUAAGAUCCUCUUCCAUGAAGUGAAUGAGAAGCUGAGAGACAUCUGGGAGGAGCUCUUGCUGCUGCUUCAGGUUGAUCAAUGGAAGUCUGAUUCCGACGUCAGCCAACCAGCAUCCUGGCAGCAGGAAGAUCGACAGGACGCAGAGGAAGAUGGAAAUGAAAAUAUGAAAGUUAUUUUGGUGAAGCUGCAAAUCAGCAUGGAAGAAAUCAAAGAAACCCUGAAGCAAUGCUCACUAAAACCCAUGCAGGAGGUCCCACAAGAUCUCCAAGUCAAGGAGAUUCCGAAGGAAGAUCUUGGAUAUCCGUGGACCAAACUGAAGACAAAUAAACUGAGCACGAUUUAUAGAGGAGAGUAUUACAAAUCUCCAGUCACCAUCAAAGUAUUCAACAACCCCAAGGCCGAAAGUGUUGGAAUAGUGAGGCUCACUUUCAAUGAGGAGAUCAGAACCAUGAAGAAAUUUGAUUCUCCCAACAUCCUGCGAAUAUUUGGGAUUUGCAUCGAUCAAACAGUGAAGCCCCCCGAAUUCUCCAUUGUCAUGGAGUACUGUGAACUCGGAACCCUGAGGGAACUGCUGGAUAGAGACAAGGACCUCACCAUGAGUGUGCGCAGCCUCCUAGUCCUGAGGGCAGCUAGAGGCUUGUACAGGUUACACCACUCGGGAACACUCCACAGAAACAUCAGCAGCUCCAGCUUCCUGGUAGCUGGAGGCUACCAAGUAAAGCUUGCAGGGUUUGAGCUAAGCAAAACACAGACUUCCAUCAGCCGGGCAACAAAGAGCACUAAAGCAGAGAGAUUCAGUUCGACAGCAUAUGUCUCCCCCGAGAGACUGCAAGAUCCAUUUUGCAAAUAUGACACAAAAGCUGAAAUAUAUAGCUUUGGAAUUGUGCUCUGGGAAAUUGCCACUGGAAAGAUCCCGUUUGAAGGCUGUGAUUCUGAGAAGAUCUAUGAGCUGGUGGCUGAGGACAAGAAGCAGGAGCCAGUGGGUCAGGAUUGCCCCGAGUUGUUGCAGGAGAUCAUUAAUGAGUGCCGGGCCCAUGAACCCUCCAAUCGGCCCUCUGCGGAUGGAAUCUUGGAGAGACUGCCUGCCAUUGAAGACUCCAUGGACAAGAAGCUGUAAGAGGGACAAACUGGACAUGUGUCCUUCCCAUUGGUCAGCAGCAUCAACUUAUUGCUGGGUGCAAAAAUCUUUGUUCUCUCUUGGUUGCUUUUUUUUUUUC